AUGUCGAGAUUCAGUAAGUUAUUGUCUCUUUCCCAAAGGGCUCUUCCAAGGAAGUCACCUUCUCACUUGAGUCGCCCUUGGACUGGCUGCUGUGCCGCCUCUUCGCGAUUGUUCUCAUCCACAGCUUCCCCUUCUUCCCAAGAACCUUCCAUCCUUAAAUCUUCUUCCCCGGCUUCUUCCACAGCGGCUGCUCCUGCUACUGGUACAACAACCAUGGAGACACCUACCGUCGCCAGAGCGAAAGCUGCUUUAGAAGCCAUUUCUGGCACCCACCCAAUUUACAUGGACUUUCAAGCAACCUCUCCUCUCGACUACCGCGUGCUCGACAGCAUGCUACCCUACCUUACAGGCGUGUACGGAAACCCUCACAGCCGUACCCACGAGUAUGGAUGGGAGGCUGAAAAGGCUGUAGAAGGAGCUCGUGAGGAGGUCGCCGCUGUUAUCAAGGCCGAUCCCCGUGAGAUUAUCUUCACUUCUGGUGCCACAGAGUCCAAUAACACGAUUCUCAAGGGCGUGGCCCGCUUUUAUCAAAACAGAAAAAAGCACAUUAUUUCCGUUCAAACCGAACACAAGUGUGUUCUUGAUUCUUUGCGUACUCUCCAGGAAGAAGGCUUUGAUGUCACGUUUCUUCCCGUUCAAACAAACGGCUUGAUUAGCCUUGACGAUCUAAAGAAGGCUAUCCGUCCCGAUACCGUACUCGUAAGUGUCAUGGCUGUCAAUAAUGAGAUUGGUGUGAUUCAGCCUCUUGAGGAAAUUGGAAAGAUCUGCCGAGCUAAUAAGGUGUUCUUCCACACUGAUGGUGCCCAAGGUUUUGGCAAAAUUCCUCUGGACGUUGACCGUAUGAAUAUCGAUUUGAUGUCUAUUUCAGGCCACAAGAUUUAUGGACCCAAGGGUGUAGGUGCUGCUUUUAUUCGUCGUCGCCCCCGUGUCCGUCUUUCACCUUUGUUGAGCGGAGGUGGCCAAGAACGUGGUCUUCGAAGUGGUACCUUGGCUCCUCCUUUAAUUGUGGGAUUCGGUACUGCUGCCCGCCUUUGCAGGGAAGAAAUGGCUUAUGACCACGAACAUAUCUCUAAGCUCUCAAAGCGUUUGAUUGAUGGUCUUUUGGCUAUUCCAUACACUUCUCUUAAUGGUGAUCCUAAAUCAAGGUUCCCCGGCUGUGUGAACAUUUCUUUCUCUUACGUUGAAGGUGAGUCUUUGUUGAUGGGUCUCAAGAACAUUGCUCUUUCCUCUGGUUCCGCCUGUACUUCUGCUUCUUUGGAGCCUUCCUAUGUUCUUCGUGCCAUUGGUCAAAAUGAUGAAGAUGCUCAUAGCUCUAUUCGAUUUGGUAUUGGUAGAUACACGACAGAGGCUGAAGUCGAUUACGCCCUUGCCAACGUGCACAAUCAAAUUGAUUUCCUUCGAAACUUGAGUCCUUUGUGGGAUCUUGUACAAGAAGGAGUUGAUCUUAGUACCAUUGAAUGGAGUUCACACUAA